AUUGAACCCUCACUCCAUCCACAUGUUUAACACAGUAGCGAUGUGAGUGUUGACACACCACCUCCUCCUCCACGGGUAAAACUUAAACAAUGCUCAGAAUGGCCUCCCUCGUGUAUCAACGUCUGAAGAUGAAGUUUGGUCAACUCCUGUGCCUCUGUGUGCUGCUCAUCUCCGUCUGGAUCUUGACCAACAAAUCAGGGACGACUCAACGCCUUAAUGAGAUAUUCAUUACCAAGACUUCCAUGGACUUGAAGGGAAAGGCUCCCCAGCCUGAGCGAGUCCUGACAGACGCUACCUACCAAGGGGCAGCCCAGGAUGACCCAGCACUGGUCACCUACGUCCGUCACCUCAUGAAACCUCCUUCCACUCUGCCUUACAACCUCACUCAUCCAGAAAAACAACAUUUCUCACAAUAUCGCCAAACUCAACACGCUGAUGCAACUUAUUUCCAUGGCAAGAGAGAGGGCUUCUUCGUGGAGGUGGGUGCCGUGGAUGGUGAAACCUUCAGCAACUCCCUGUACUUGGAGAGAAACCUCGGAUGGUCGGGGCUUCUUAUCGAGGUGUUCCAGAUAACAUAUAAAGCGCUCCUCCAGAAACACCGGAAAGCUUACUCCAUUAACGCAGCUUUAUCUUUCAAGAACUGCUCCACCGAAGUCGGAUUUGUAAAACGCGGCGGUAAACUGGCCAUGAUAAGUCGCACCUUCUCGGACCGCGGGGAGAGGAUUCAGGCCAUUCCUCUGUACACCAUGUUGCUGGCUCUUAAUACUACAGUCAUUGAUUUCUUCAGUCUCGACAUUGAAGGGGGUGAGAUGAAGGUGUUGAUGACUAUCCCUUGGGACAAAGUCAAGGUUGGAGUCUUGGUGGUCGAGUCGAACAUUAUACCUGAAGGUCGGAAGUUCUUGGUGGACUAUAUGACCAGCAAGGGCUACAAGUUCAUUGGCCACAGAGGCAUCGACUCGUGGUUCAUUCUACCCGAACUUGUGAACCAAUACAUCAUGAAGCAUUAGAACUUUAAUGUCACCUUUAGACACACCUGAGGCUCCUCGCCCACGUGUUGGAAUUGGACAAGACAACGACAACGAUAAAUACGACACAACGAUAACACAACGACAACAAGCCUAUGCAACCUUUCUCAAUCCACUGCAACAACAGUUUCAGUACCUGUGUUAAAAUCAUCAGUGACUCCAACCUGUCGUAUGCGUUAACACCAAACUUUCAUUUAUGUUUUGAAUUUGCCCUAAAAGCAAAGGUUAAUAUCUCUUCC